UCAACGAACCUCAACGACUCGGUAUGGUCACCAAUACGCAAACUGCAACAGUUGCGCAGGAACAACCACUGCCCGCAACACAGUUCUUUUCCGUCGAGUACCCUGGCUACGUGCAGCCUUCAUCUGUUCAUAUAGCACUUCGCAAUCUGGGAGGACCGUCGAGCCUUGAGAACGCCUUCAAGCGUGGAGCCGCUAAGAAUGAAGGGUUGCUGGAACUCAAUUUUCGACCAGGGAACCCGUUUGCCCAUCCAAUCCCAGGAGACAUCGUCAAUACGAGCAAUAUACUUUUCAAGGUGACAAAAAGGAAGCGUCGCAAGGUGGACAGUGACAAAUCUCCAGAUGCAUUCGACGGGGAUUACACCGUCGAGGCCAUGGGUGUCAUUUUGAAAACCGCUAGGUUUCGCAGCGUGGCGGAUUAUCAAUUUCAGCCUGACAUGUCAGAUCCAGUUGCUCAGCUGCGCAUCGCGAUGGACCGAAUGAAUGUUGAUGCCAUUAGGCGGUACACCAUUCCCGACGAGAAAGAGGCUUACAGUCUUUCACCUGGAGGGAGUAUUCAUCCAGGACUCGAUCCACAGUUGACCGAAGAAAUUGAUCAAACGCUAUCUCGUAGCAACUUAAGGUUGUUUCCACCAUCUCUUUUCAGCCGUCAGGGCAUUCCACAGAAUUAUAAUUUCAAGGCCAAUCCGGCAUCGAUGGUCACUACAAGCGUGGACGAGGAUACAGGUCGAGAACGAAAACGUCUCAUCAACAAGGGAAGGUGGAAAGGUUAUGGCCCGGCAACUGUCUCUUUCGGCGACUCUAGUGUUCCUCAAAACCCACCCUCAGGACUCUUACAAGCCCGAAAUACAAUUAAACAAGAUCUUCUAGAUCAAGUGGUUCAUCUGCUUGAACAACGCCCUGUAUGGACGCGAGCGGCGCUCUACAAUCAGUUCAAUUCUGCUGAAGUAAGAGAAAUACACAAUUCCAAACUCAUACUUCCCCUGGCAUGUUACAUGUUCCAGGAUGGUCCAUGGCGCGAUACACUUGUUCGCUUCAGUUACGAUCCACGCAAAGACCCAACAGCUCGUUUCGGGUUUACUUCCGGAACUGCAAACCAUCCGAUGUCACGGACAUCCGUCGUCACUCGGCGGCAAGAAGGGAGAUCUGUGGCCGCGUACAUUUCCAGGUCUAUGGAACAAGAAGAGACAGCAGGUAUCGAACAAAGGAAGUCCCACAUAUUCGACGGGCAAACCAUUACGAAGGAGACCGCUGCAUUCCAAUUGUGCGAUAUCAUCGAUCCCAUGUUGAAGGUGAUGAUUGAAAGAGAAGAGGACCUCCGGGAGACCUGUGAUGAGCGAGACGGUUGGUACAGCGCGCACGCACUGGAAAGGAUCAAGACCGUCCUUCGUCACAAAUUCUUUUCACUGCUGCAAGGCUAUGUUGCGACCAACGAAGAGUGUGAGGCCUUGCUCGAGCAGGGUGGUGGACAAAAGAAGACGCAAAUAACCCGCAGCGGUAAGAGGUUGAAAUACGGCAGGCAUAAUAUGGCAAAGGGGGCGCUCCGACCGGAAGAUGCAGCGGCUGCCAGAUUACAGGCUACCCUCGAGCGCAAUGCAAAGAAUCUCCAAAGUACCCGCCGGGUAGGGAAACACUACUUGAUACAUGAAUGUGGAGAGCGAUUCCCUACGAAAUAGGUCGGAUCGAGCGGGUGCAUAUCACGACGCUGCGACCUUUUGUUCUGCACGUGCUUUUCGUGAGCCAACGAGCGCGAACAGCGCGUUUUUGCGGAACUGGGCCAUGAUUACCAUCAAUUCCACGGUUCGAAGCACUUCGAAAAGUAUGAUAUACCUUUGGGUCAACCUGUGGAGUGGAUCAGUUGGAUUUCGAUGGAAAACGGUUGGACAUACCCCUUUCAUCGAGCGUGAGCGGUUAGUCGUUGGCCGCUUGAUACCGUUGCGGUGGGCCUUGCGGUUCUGGUUGUGAUUGGUGUGGUUCUUUGACUUGGCCAUGACGUC